AUGACGAUAAGACUGAGCUCUCGCUUCAGCCUUCGGUCGUUAACGAGUGGCAAUCGCAAGGGAGUUCGUUUCUGGUUUAGCUCAAACUCCAAUAACGUCAAGUCAGAUAACGCUAGAGAUGACCUCGAAGCAGAUGCAGUGGCAGCAGCGCACGAGAUAGACGAGAAGCUCCAGAAGACCAAACAGAGGAGCGAGUCGGGCUGUUCGUACGUCCCACGAGUCGAAUACGGCUCGCCACACCACGGCGUAGAGCGAGAUGCACCUUGGACUACCAACAAGCAGGUAGAACAACACUAUUUAACCCUCGGGUGGACUGUCGUUCCUAUUUGCAAGGACGGCAAUUGCCUCUUCCGGGCUAUUAGCGACCAGCUCUACAAUAACGAGCUGUUCCACCAGGAUAUUCGACGACGACUUGUGGAUUUCAUCGCAAGAGAGGAAACCCACUUCCAACCUUUCGUAGAAGACGAACUGGUCGGUGACUACUGCAGUCGCAUGCAAGAGGACGGCGAAUGGGGCGGCCACCUGGAGCUGUACGCAGCGGCAAUGCUCUUCAACAUCCACAUAGUCGUACACACAGGCCCGGUACGGAGGUUGCGAGUAGCAAACGAAGACGCAGACAAGAAGAGCCAGCCACCCCCUCCGUAUCGGAUACUGCAUCUGCUGUAUAAGGACGAUCACUACAGCAGUCUGCACUCAAACGAAGACGUAAAUGCCAUCGCGCCAGAAGAAUACACAGUCGUCUCAAGCGACAAACGGGAGCGAUCCCCCAUGAGGGCGUUCAAAGGCUCAGACAAGGAGGUCAUCAAGGUCCAGGCGAGCAAAGUUGUAAAUAUUCAAGACCUGACGAAGAAGCCGAACAAUCCCAACGACCCGUCCAGGAAGAACGUCAAGUUUGAAAAAGUUGUCGAAGCCAGACCGCCACCGCGAGAGGGCAAGGCGUUCCUGUAUGAAGAAGAAAAUGUUCCCGAGUGUGGCGUAUUGCUCCCGAAGCAAGUGCUGUUCAAGCGAGGCAAGCGCCGUGUUAGUGGCGCCACGUUGUUCUCUCUCGUUCAUAUACCGUCGGCUAGCAACUUGAAGCCUGUUGUCGAGACGACCUCCGUGUCAACGUCUUCCGAUGCGUCUACCGCAACGUCAUCCAGCGAGGAGCAAGAGGACGACGCAGAAAUACAUUCUUCUGUAGCAGGACGACCCAAACCAAAGGCACCAACACUACGCGCUGUUCCCGUUGAGUUCCCGAGCAAGACUGUUUUCCACAAAGGUCGAACUACCGCUGCCUGCUAG